AUGGCCACAAAAGCAGGUUUGAAUAAGCCUGCCAAAAUGUUUGUUUUGAAGGCCUGGAAAGACCUAUGCACUGAGAUGGAGUCAACUGCAGGGCGCACCGCAAUUUUAGAAGCUCGUCAAGGUGAAGUCCGCCACAAAGACUUCAAAGCAGCAAUGGAAAAACACCAAUUGAAGGUACUGCAUGCUGCAUACAAAAAAAAACCCGAGGAGUUCAACAUUGAGCCUGCAGAACUCCUCAGUGAUAUCAAUAUGGAAGAAGAAAAUAUGUUCUCAGAUCACUGUGUACCUACAAAGGUAUCUAAGUCACAGGUGCUCAUGUUCAGUACGAGCAAAACCCCACCAGCUGUCUCUGCUCCAAAGUCUUUCAGUCAGGACCACCUGAGUAUGGACUCGAGCCUGACCGUCUCAGCACCAAAGUCAAUCACUCCUGCAACCAUUGUGUCCUCCAGUGACGAUAGUGGCACUGAGGACGAACACAAAUCAAGCGACAUUGAGUCUGUGAAUGAUGCUGACUACACUAGUGACCAUUGCAAUCAAGCCGUGGUCAAAGAUGCUUCACCACAGCUCAUCGGGACAAAGCAUCAACUGCAGGACAGUGAUGAAGAAACCAAACCACCAAAGUUCAGCAAAACUUCAAAUGGAUCUCGCCAAUGA